AUGUCUUUCUUCAAGAACCUUGCCGACAAGUUCGAUGACCUUAGCGUCGGAGGUCGCAAGGAUGAUGAACAGCAGCAGCAGGCGCAGCAAUAUGGCCGCCGCGACUUUGGAGACUCUCACUCGGGCUCUUACUCGUCGCCUCCUCCCCAGCAGUACGGUCAAUACGGAUCGCAGUACGGACAGGGCCAAUACUCGGCUCCGCCUCCUCAGCAGUACAACUCGCCGCCUCCAGGAUCGUACUCGUCACCUCCGCCGCAGCAGGGAUAUGGCGGCCAGUCUCAGGCUCCAGAGUACCAUCCUCCCCAGGACAAGCCUCCCAUUCCUAGAGGCUGGAUUCCGAAGUGGGAUCAGCAGUACUCGCGCUGGUACUAUGUAGAGGAGGCCACUGGUCGAUCUCAAUGGGAGGCUCCCGGCUAUGAUGCCACUCGGCCGCCCAUGCCCGGCGCCGACUCCCGCGGCCACGAGUCUUCGUACGGUGCCGGCGCACCACCUCCCAGUGGCUAUGGGCACCACGACUCGGGCUAUGGAGCUGGUGGAUAUGGCAGUGGUGGUGGCUACGGCGGCGGCAGUGGCUAUGGAGGCGACCACGGAGGUCAGAGCCAGUACGGAGGUUAUGCAGGCGACCAACGUGGCGACAGCUACGAGCCCGAGAAGGAGAAGAAGAGCAGCAACAAAAGCGGUAUGCUGCUUGGUGCUGCCGGUGGUCUCGCAGUCGGUGCCGUUGGCGGUGCCCUGCUUCACGAAGCCUUGGUACCAGAUGACUCGUCUGAUGAUGAGCACCACGCUCCAGCUCCUGCUCCCGUCUAUGUAGUAGAAGCUGCUCCUGCCCCUGUCUAUGCAGAACCGCCCCCUGCAGAAUACUACGCACCUCCUCCUGGUGAUGAGAGUGAUCGUGAAUCUCUCGAGGAGGCACGCGAGGACUACAUUGAGGCUCUCGAAGACGCAGCCUCGAGUAGCGCCAGCAGCAGUGAUCGCGAGGAGCUUGAGGAGGCCAGAGAAGAGUAUCAGGAAGAGUACGAAGAGUAUUAUGGUGAGGAUGACUAG